ACGAGCGGAGGUCCUGCGAUAGUGGGCAAGGCGAUUUGAUGACGCGUGUCGAUUCCCGGUCGACGACUCCUUCGCAAACUCUCUAUCAAACGUUCUUAUCAGCCGGUUUUCGGGGCGGGUCUUUUACUUCAUCGUUUGGUUCGUUUGAAUUUGUUUUGCGCACUACACAAAAAAAAAAAAAAUACCGGAUCUAAGAUGGACAUGGACGCUGGCAACGUCUGCGUGGAGCCCGGGGCGACACCGGGACCGUCGGAGGAACCAGCGGACUCGGAACGGACGCAGCGGAAGAUGUCCGUGGCGGCUCCUACUGCGACGUCGUCGUCGAUUGAAUCGCAGAAUCCACGGCUGCUAUCGUCGCUGUACAGCUUCCUGGUGAUCGUCAGCUUCUUUCUGAUUGGGUUUGCCGCGUUCCGCAACACGCUGACAUGGCAUCUGCAGCGGUUCUGGGGUGCGUCGGGCGACUUCUGGCAGUCGCAAUGGGACCGGUUCAUCGACUUCACCGGCGACGACCCGGCCCGGCUGUGGGUGCUGAACACGACCAUCUUCACCAUGGCCGUGUACUGGCUGUUCGGUGGCAUCUACACCCUGUUCGACGUCAGCUGCCGGCCGACCAUCAUCCGGCGGUACAAGAUGCAGCCGGGCACGAACGAGCCGGUCGACCGGCGCCGGCUCGCCAAGGUCAUCGCGACGGUGCUGAUGAACCAGACCGUGGUGGGCGUCCCGAUGGCGUACUGCAUGUACCAGGCGAUGCGCUUCCGCGGCCUGACCGACCUGCGCGAGCUGCCCACCUUCCACUGGGUGCUGGCCGAGCUGUCCUUCUGCAUCUUCAUCGAGGAGAUCGGCUUCUACUACGCGCACCGGCUGCUGCACAGCCGCCACCUCUACCGGCACAUCCACAAGCGGCACCACGAGUGGACGGCCCCGAUCGCCAUCACCGCCAUCUACUGCCACCCGGUCGAGCACGUGUUCAGCAACCUGGUGCCGCCGUUCCUCGGCAUCUUCAUGCUCGGCAGCCACGUCGCCGUCGCCUGGCUCUGGUUCACGCUCGUCAUCCUCUCGACCCUGAACGCGCACUCCGGCUACCACCUGCCGUUCUUUCCCAGUCCCGAGGCGCACGACUUUCAUCAUCUCAAGUUCAACCAGUGCUUCGGUGUGCUGGGAGUGCUGGAUCGGUUGCACGGUACGGACGCGCUGUUCCGCACCACGAAGGCGUACGCCCGGCACAUCAUGAUGCUGAGCUUCAUACCGGCCCGCGAGGCAUUCCCGGAGCCGGCCAAGAAGGCAUUCUAGAGCUCCGCAAUGGCAAUGGCAGGUAGCAGUCACACCUCGCACAUCACUCCACAACACAAACUCUCACCGCCCCGAAACCCACACCCAGUUGGGUAGUCCCCCUUUAGGCAGCGAGCUAGUACCAGGUGCAGAUGGAGGAUGGGACGGGGACGUCUUAGUACACGCGAAAAACCAGCGAACACGUGAAGGCAAAUGAAAGCAAGAGCUGGAAACGACAGGAGUACAACGUUCGGUUCGGGGCAAACCGAAACCUCCGGAAGGCAUCCGAAGAGUAUAAAUUUAUCACAUUUUUGACGCCCAGUAAAAUAUACACACAUAGUAACAUAGUCAUCAAGAGGAAAUUUAGUUUCAGUUUAGAAAGAAAGAAAAGU